AUGUCUUCUCGUUCUCGAUGGGGCCCACUGCCCUCACUGCUUGUAUUGUCGCCUGUUCUCAUUGGUCCGCCGUGGUUGGCUUACAGGCGACAUCGCUAUCUGCCUGCAGCUUUGACUGGGCUAUCGAAUCCUGUAACGGGCCUUCCUCAUAUCUCAGAAGCGCAAAUCCUCGGCGUUGUGAAGCAUCUAUCAGAAGGCAUUGGUUAUCGGACUGUAGGCACCUCGGAACAUGCCCUGGCGGACAAAUACAUGGUUGCGCAAGCGGAAGAGGUCAAGAAGAACUGCAGGAAGGAAGUGCGAGCCACAGUGUACUUUGCGCACAUUGGAGGCCUGUUCUUUAUGAACACCUUCACUACCGCCAAGAUCCUCUACACCUUCCUUUCCGCCGCUUCACUCAUUCUCGUGCGAGUGACUUUUGUCGAUCCCGCGCCUGCGUUGAAGAGGGUUCUUCCAAGAACAGAGGAGGGGGAUGAUCGCAGUCGUCGCUGGGCUGCAACCCCUUUGCUCCUUUGGCCCUGUACGGACCAGCGUCUUUGUUGGGUGUACUCCUCUCACAAUACCUGUCCACGAAAAAACGGUGUUCACUUCCUUACUCCUCAUGCAAUCGGGCCUUGCGGUCCUAGUGCAGCUUCUCCAAGUCGGCUCCGCGGCCACUGGGUUUUUCCUCUGUGCUCUCCCGCUUUUCGUCGCAUUCUCAUCAACCCCUUCUUCUCCAGGAAUACCAAUAUUAUUUCCCUGGCCACGUAUUUCCUUGGAAUUUGGCCCUUGCUCACAGGUUCUUUGCUCACGAUUCCUACGAUCGAGGUUUUUGUCCCUUUGAUGGGUCGCGUUGGCGCUCAAGUCCCAACGGACAAUAUCGCCUCACUCAUUCGGGCGCCGGGCGCUGUUGCGUGGGUAUUGUUACUGAGCAUGACGACGUUUGCGCUGAUUGGUAUGAUCGCCAUGAGGACACAGUUCGACGAGAUGCACCAGAAGAGGUUGUUUGUUUUGCAUUUGGAGAAUAUCACCUCGCAGGAGGGACACCUGCACCUUGCAGCGGCGGAUGGCGCACUGGGUUUCGAGCUUCUCGUGCAAGACAUCGUGAAUGACUCUGGAGCGACGGACGUCGCGCCUAUCUCUGUUCAUCGCGAAUGGAUGUCGCGCCUAUCCCUGCUUGUCUGCCUUAAUGAUGUCAAGGACUUGAUCGCUAUGACGCGGAGCUUGACUAUCAAGGUUGACCAUGCAGUUGCCAUGCAGGUCUUAUUUGGACAACCAUCGCCUUUGACGCUCACGUUCUCAAGUGGAGUUUGGACGACAGUGCCCGGCAUCACGUCAAAGAGGACCUCUGCUUGCAAACCGGACAGUUGUCCUCGUCACGCACCACGUCGAACUAGUCCUUCCCGGCGCCAACUACCUCGUCAGAAUGCUUGA